GUUCUUCCGGGGUAACUGCCUCUUCCAGGGCGGGCGGUGUGGUGCACGCGUUGCUGUGCUCCAACUCCCUCAGGGCCUGUGUUGCCGCACUCUGCUGCUAUGAGCUUCCUCAAAAGUUUCCCGCCGCCUGGGCCAGCGGAGGGGCUCCUGCGGCAGCAGCCAGACACUGAGGCUGUGCUGAACGGGAAGGGCCUCGGCACUGGUACCCUUUACAUCGCUGAGAGCCGCCUGUCUUGGUUAGAUGGCUCUGGAUUAGGAUUCUCACUGGAAUACCCCACCAUUAGUUUACAUGCAUUAUCCAGGGACCGAAGUGACUGUCUAGGAGAGCAUUUGUAUGUUAUGGUGAAUGCCAAAUUUGAAGAAGAAUCAAAAGAACCUGUUGCUGAUGAAGAAGAGGAAGACAGUGAUGAUGAUGUUGAACCUAUUACUGAAUUUAGAUUUGUGCCUAGUGAUAAAUCAGCGUUGGAGGCAAUGUUCACUGCAAUGUGUGAAUGCCAGGCCUUGCAUCCAGAUCCUGAGGAUGAGGAUUCAGAUGACUACGAUGGAGAAGAAUAUGAUGUGGAAGCACAUGAACAAGGACAGGGGGACAUCCCUACAUUUUACACCUAUGAAGAAGGAUUAUCCCAUCUAACAGCAGAAGGCCAAGCCACACUGGAGAGAUUAGAAGGAAUGCUUUCUCAGUCUGUGAGCAGCCAGUAUAAUAUGGCUGGGGUCAGGACAGAAGAUUCAAUAAGAGAUUAUGAAGAUGGGAUGGAGGUGGAUACCACACCAACAGUUGCUGGACAGUUUGAGGAUGCAGAUGUUGAUCACUGAAAAUGAUUUAUGCAAGUUUAAGAAACCAGCCUUUUAAAGUUCCAGUUAGCUUCCAAGUUACUGCCAUUAUGAAAACUGUAUAACAUUGCUUCUUAUACUGACCAUGAAUUGUGAUACUGGACCUCUGCUUUCUUCUCACAUCCUGCCAGUGGAACUAUCAGAAAAUAACCUCUUAGAGUUCUAUGAUUUAUAUUUUCCCUUAAAUACUUAAUUUUAAUUUCCACAUUUACUUUUGUCAGUGAUAGCCAUAUAGUUUAAAAUUAGCAAUGUCUUCUCUGUUAAAAUCAUGUGUUCACGUCACUGGAGCUCUGUUAACUUUGAUUUUUAGCUCUCACAGUUCCAAUUGUCAGUAACUUCACUGUUCUACUUCAUGGGAAAUCCUUUGAUAUCAACUUCAGUAUUCUUUCCUUAUUUCUCAUCACAUUAUAGCAUAUUAAUUUUUUCAGUUCAGUGAUACUUGUUUAGUAACUGUUUUAUUGCAAUUAGAAAACAGAUUUUUGGGUCUUUGGGCUUUCACAUAUUUCUUUUGAAGAAUAGACUAUACAGAGAACAUCAGCCACUCUAUUAUUAAUCAGAAUCAUGAGAAACUCAUUUGGUAUGUCACUAACAGUUAAACAAAUGGGAUGUUACUGCAGUCCUUGGCAAGAAUUCUUAGGAUUCUUUUUAAUGGUGAAAUAGCCACAAACUUUUUAAUGAGCUUUGUUUUCUGUUAAUUUUAUCCUAGAGCUCAGAGGCAGAGAAUUAUUUUAUUCAUAACGUUUUUUUUUCUUUUCUUUUCUUUUUUUUUUUCUUUUUGAGAUGGAAUCUCGCUCUGUCGCCCAAGCUGGAGUGCAGUGGUGUGAUCUUGGCUCACUGCAACCUCUGUCUUCUGGGUUCAAGCGAUUCUCCUGCUUCAGUCUCCCAAGUAGUUGGAACUACAGACGCGCGCCACCACGCCUGGCUAAUUUUUGUAUUUUUAGUAGAGAGAGGGUUUCACCAUGUUGGCCAGGAUGGUCUUGAUCUUUUGACCUCGUGAUCCGCCUGCCUCGGCCUCUCAAAGUGCUGGGAUUACAGGCAUGAGCCACUGCACCCUGUUUAUAAUGUAUAAACAUUAUGUAUAAUGUUUAUACAUAUUCUUCAUCUGGAUAAUUGAUCUGAAUUCCGAACAAUGUCUGUACAUUUUUUUUUUUUUUUGACACGGGAGUCUCGCUCUGUUGCCUAGGCUGGUGUGCAGUGGCGCAACUUGGUUCAUUGCAACCUCUGCCUCCCGGGUUCAAGCAAUUCUCCUGCCUCAGCCUCCUGAAUAGCUGGCAUUACAGGUGCCCACCACCACACCCGGCUAUUUUUUUUUUUUUUUUUUGAGAUGGAGUUUCGCUCUUGUUGCCCAGGCUGGAGUGCAAUGGUGCAAUCUCGGCUCACCGAAUCCUCCGCCCCCCCGGGUUCAAGUGAUUCUCCUGCCUCAUCCUCCCAAGUAGCUGGGAUUACAGGCAUGUGCCACCACGCCCGGCUAAUUUUGUAAUUUUAGUAGAGACAGGGUUUCUCCAUGUUUGGUCAGGCUGGUCUUGAACUCCUGACCUCAGGUUAUCCGCCUGCCUUGGCUUCCCAAAGUGCUGGGAUUACAGGUGUGAGCCACCACACCUGGCUGUGUAAAUUUUUAAUCAUUUAAAAUUGUACAUGCUUUAAAAGAAUGAAUAAGGAAUAAAUAAUUAAGAGUAGUUUAUGCAACUGUUAAUAAUUUCAGGAUAAUGGAACUAGGACUUCUCAAUGCAUGAGGUGGGGUGGAGACGGCACAUUAAUCGUGGAAUCACAACUCUGCCACAUACUUGUGUACACCUUUGGACAAGGCAUAUAACUUAUUUAAUCCUCACUUCCCCCAUCUGUAAAAUGGGGAGGAUAAUACCUACCUUGCAGGGUUGUUGCAGAGGCUAAGAUAAAAUGUACCUAAGUCCUCUGGCACUCGUGACUAGGCAUUCAAUAAGUAGUAGCUAUUAUUAUUAUCACUACUGUAAACACUGUAAACCUUUUGUUUUUCAGAUUCUGCUCCUAACUGUAGGAGAGAACUUGGUGCCUCUUCCACUCUGGAGUGAAGUUAAUGAAAGUCUUUUUCCUUUUCCAAAACCCAACCUGAACCAGUUCUUUCUUGAGACAGACUAUACUGAGACAACAAGUUGUCACCAGCAGAAGAUAGAUAAUAUGACCUUUAUUAACUUGAUGAAUUAACUUAACCAAGAGGGUAUUUGUAGUUUACUAUUUACCCUAAAACUUUCUGUGUCUGGGUACCCUCUGAGUAGGCCUAUAAUUCCUACCUUGACUGUGUGCAUCAUUUGUAAGCUAGCAGAUCUAUGUGGUGAAAAUGCACAGGAGCUUGGUAGACUGCGGGGGAAAGAGAGAGCUCCUUUCGCCAUGUUUUACCAGUCUGCUGUUAUAACCUCUUAGGUUGUAUCCUUUAAUUUCCAGCCUUUUAAGUUAGUUUCUGUAACAGAACAAGUGAGUCUGGGAUGAAGUCCUCAAAGUACUUCAAAUGGUAAUUGUUUUGUUUUUGUAAUAGCUUAACAAAUAAACCUAGGUUUUCUAUAUUA